UCUUGGAAAGCUAAAUAUCUAAUCAUAUUUUCAUAAGUUUAUUGCUUUCCCUCAGUAUUCUAGACAUUAAAUAUUCUACCUUAUUUAUUCUGUAACACAUACAUAUGUAUAUGUAAGUGUGUGGGCUUAAGUAAACUAGUCUGUGAGUCAGCCCACUAUUAACUGCAAGAACUGGAGGCUGUACUUCCGUUUCCUUGCAUUGGAAUAAUAGACAGCUUGUCAUUGGCUACAACACACAUUACAUACUACACAACCAACUUGAUAGAACUACAUAGCACUAUUACAUACCAAAUUGCUCAAAACUUCUGCUACUACUACAACUUUUCGAUGCCAGAACUUUUUAAAAGUACAGUAACAACUUUAAAAAUAAAUGACAACUGUUGAUUAAUACAUCAGAGACAAUUGAAGAUUGUAGUCAUGUUGUCAAUGGUAUUGUUGGUGCUGUUGAUGGCUGAGAGCUGCUGGUGUGUGGAUCAUAUUUAUAAUGUGAAAGAGAACAAUGAUUUAAACAGUUACAUUGGAGAUAUUGUCACUGAUAUACAUUUACUGGAUAAUAUACAGUCUCGGGAUAACAACAACAAACUGACAUUUAAUGUACUCCAUGGUAAUACUGAUGGAGAUGUUCAGUUAUUUAAUGUUACACCUGGAGGACAAAUAUACACAGCUGCCAUGCUGGAUGCAGAAACCCUGUGUCAAUAUAACGUGGAAUGCUUCAGGAUAUUGGAAAUAGCAGUUCAGCAUGGCCAUUCAUUUCUGAAAAUAUUGGAAGUCAAAGUUAUGAUAGAAGAUGCCAAUGAUAAUUCUCCCAUAUUUCCAAAUAAGGAAUUUCACUUGCAAUAUGAGGAAAAUGCAUUGAUAGGAACAAAAGAAAUACUUCCAAAUGCCAUUGAUAAAGAUGUCAGUAUUCAGAACACAAUGAUCAAUUAUAAAUUCAAAGAGGAUGAAGAUAUUCCUUUUAAAUUGGUCUUAUCACAUGAUUUAAGUGAAACUGAUUUACUCGAGUUAGUUUUGGAAAACAAGCUAGACCGAGAAACAAAAUCUAAUUAUCACAUCCAACUAGUUGCUACAGAUGGGGGAACACCACCAAAGGAAGGUGUAAUGGAUAUAAAUAUCUUAGUGAAAGAUAAAAAUGAUAACUCACCUGUAUUCUCUCAGAGUAUCUACAAUAUAACAGUAAACGAUAAGCACCAAAUAAACAAACCUAUAUUCAUUUUUUCUGCUACAGACAUGGAUGAGGGAGAAAAUGGGAGAAUUUCAUACAUAAUUAGUUCUAAAACACCAGAAACAAUGAAAACACUGUUCAGAUUAGAUAAAGUAACUGGAGAAUUAUUUAUGACAAAAGAAUAUAAGUUUGGAAAAUUAUAUAAAUUAUUUAUUGAAGCCAAAGAUAAUGGCAUUCCUCACAGAAUUUCAAGAGCUACUGUUCUUGUAAAUGGUGUCAGUCAUCUUAACAAUCCACCAAACAUUGAUGUUAAAUUUGUUUUAAAGACAACUGGAAACACAGCUGUCAUCUCAGAAGCAACUCAAAUUCACAGCUUUGUUGCUUAUGUCAAAGUUAUUGACAAUGACAGUGGAGUAAAUGGACAUGUGAAGUGCCAUUUGCAAAAUAGAUACCUUCAGCUUAUCUCAAUAUCUGAAAAGAAAUACAAAGUUGUUGUCAAGAGUGAAAUAGAUAGAGAGAGUGAGAAGAGAUUUAAUUUCACGAUUAAAUGUCAAGAUAAUGGUUUAUCUCCAUUGAAAGUACGGAAACAGUUUUCAAUGUUGGUUACCGACAUAAAUGAUGUACAACCUCAGUUUAGUCAGGACACAUUUAAGUUUCUCACCUAUGAAAAUGAACACAAAGACUUCCCUGUUGGAUAUGUCAAUGCUACAGACCCAGAUAUUGGAGAUGGAGGACAAUUAACUUAUUCUCUAUUAUCUAAUGGAAAAGAUGUUCUACCAUUUCAGAUAUCUGAUGUGGGAUUUAUUUCCACAACUGAGUCACUAGACAGAGAAGAAAAGAACAUGUAUGAGUUUAAGGUUUUAGUAAAAGAUAAAGGAACACCAUCACUGGAGAACACAGCAAAUGUUGUUGUUGAGGUUAUGGAUUUAAAUGAUAAUUCUCCCUAUUUCAGUUUCCCUAAUGUUGACCCUUUCAGUCUUAAUGUCCACUACCAUCCCCGCUCUGACCAUGAUAUCACAGUUGUUAGGGCCUCUGACAGAGACAGUCAACACAAUGCCUUCCUCACAUAUGAAAUACUCAGAGGAAAUGAGAAACACUUAUUUCAAAUGAACCAUCACUCUGGUGUCUUAUCUUUCUCUCGCUCACUUUACCAAAAUGAUGCUGGAUUCUAUGAACUGGAAUUAGGUGUGAAAGACAGUGGCAGUCCAGUUCUGUCAUCAACAACAACUUUCUCUUUGACUUUAACAGUUAGUAACAACACAUCAAAGUUGUUUAAGACCCCUUCAAAGACAACAACAGAAUCAAGUAAUGGUCUCCAAUUGAAUGUGAUGAUUGUUAUUGUUAUAGCAGCUGUGAUAGUAUCAGUUGUUAUAGUGAUCUCUAUAUCAAUCUGUAUAGUUCAUAGACUGAAGCAGACAGAUAGCAACCAUGAUAAUAGUGUUGAUAUGUACCACAAGGUUACACCUACAUUAAACAUCCAAUCAAAAUAUACAUUUGACCCUACUUGUGUUCUUCCUGGAGUUCAGUACACAGUAGAGAGAAACAUGACCAAAUCUCAACAACCAACGGUGGACAUGGAAGAUAUUCACUGCAGAACUGCGUUAUGUGAUAGAUGGGGUAAUUCAGCUUUCACUGAACCAUGUGAACAGAUAUUCACUCCAAGAGAAGAAAGUAUGUCUCCAGGAUACAGAGAAUUAAACAGUACUGACCAAUUCAGUGAGAUGUUAACAUUGUCAUCUCACACAGAUAGCAGUCAAGGCUGGAAUGUCGGUAGUACUGGACAUUAUGAGGAACUGCCUGAUCUAUGCCGUUACCAAAGUGAUCUCACAUGGAGUAGGAGGAAUCGACUUCCACACACACUUGAUAGAUCAAGGGGAGAUAACAACAAUGGCUAUAAAUAUCAAUCUUAUAUUGACUCAAACACUUCCUGUUAUCCUGACCAUGUGCCUUUGACUAUAUCUAGUACCACAUCUAACAUAACUGAACAACCAUCUAUAGCACCAAUGACAAGUCAGUUUACUUCAGACUGUAAACCACCUCUGCCAGCUGUACCUAAAGUAACAACACUACCAAAGGUACCUUCAGUACCUCAGGUACCUAUUCUAUCUACACUAAACAACUAACACCAUCCCAAUACUUGACCAAUUAACCACCAUAUUCAACAUUCAGGCAAAUUUUGAAUUAUAUGCAAAAUAUGAACAGAAAAUUUGGUAAUCUUUCACAAUACGGUGUUUAAAAAGUAAAUAAAAAUUAAAGGGGAAAUAACAAGGGGAGAUAAAAUAAGUUAACUUACAGUUAAACAACGUAGGCGUUGGCUAAAGCGACCAAAAUGUGAACAAAAGUCUUUUACUUUGGUACAGAAUUCCUCCAUAUAAACUCUUGUUAAUAGGAAAUGAACAAAUUGUCUGAUGUUCCAAAUUGAUGUCGCAAUUUUCUUUUUACCUGCAUCCACAUAUUCUCCACAGUUUGCAUAUGGAUGUCAUUUGUUGGAUCUACAAAGUUCUCCUGAUGUAUAAUUACUUCAUGAGUGUACAUGCUGUUAUUUAGGUAUGAGAACCUAAUUAUCUCCCCUAGUUGUUAUUUCACCUUUAAUUUUUAAUUAGUAUUUUAAACACCAUAUUCUGAAAGAAUACUGAAAAUUUACUGUUUUUAUCUCAUAAAGUCUCAAAAUGCUGUUAUCUUAUAACUUGUCAUAAUCAAUAUAAACAAAGUUCUUACUACUACCAUCACAGUUGACAAUUAGACAGACUAUAAUUCAUCUUAAACCAAAUAUUUUUAGAAAUUUCAUUAUAUCAACCUUGUGUUAAUUAUUUGUUUAAGGUCUGCUCAUGAGAAUAAUUCUUCUGUGAGGGUAAUUAGCUCAGAUGGUAGAGCACUCAUUUAGCAUGUGGACGGUAUCAGGAUUCAUGCUUGUGUUCUCUGUGUCAUAAUUUUAGUGCAUACUUAAAUUUCAAAGUGGCACUCCAGCAUGGUUACUGACCAAUGAUUGAGACAAGUAAAAGGCACAAAAUAUAGUCUACAAUAAGAUUUUAACAAAAGCAUUAUGAAUUUAUCUAGGUUUAACUACAGUUAAGUUAGUUAUAUACUUAUAUACAUGAAUCAUGAAAUUCACAAGGAAAUAGUUGCUACUGCCUGGUGUAAAUAUGAUUGAAAUAAUGUCUCAUUAUAACCAAAUAACAAGUAAAGCUUGUUAUCAAUUUUAUACUUUGUUCAGUCAUCCCAUUUAUAAUAUUAUUGUAUAUAUUUUAAAUAUACAUUUAAAGGAUAUUCUCACUGCAGUAACUUUUUUAAAAACUCAUUUUCCAGAUUGUCUCACUGGAACUAUAAUUAUUCAGCUAUUGAAUCUCAGAUAGAAACAAUUAAAAUUAGAAAUAUAUUAAUUUAAUUUAAUUAAUAAAACCUCGAAUCUUUGCAAGUUAAAUGUAUCUUUCAAGAAUUUAUUUCACAAUAUGGUUAAAAUAUAAGCAUAUAACCCUACCCCUACUCCACUCCACCUCCACAAUAAAAUUAAAAAAAUAUAUUGUUCAUAAUCUCAUAACUGAAAAAGUAGUUUUGAAAAAAAUGUAAGUAGUAUAAACAGUUCCAAUAAAAAACUAUUUUCUAGAAAUUAAAAUUUUUAUUACUUAAAAAUGUCUCCAGCCUUAGAAGAAAAAUAUGAAUUGGUAAAAGAAAGGUGUUUAUUUCAUUUAGAGCUAAAUAGAAUUAAAUAUUUACAUUGUUUGUUAUAAUUCCUUACAACUCUGCUUUAAUUCCUUACAAGACUGGUCAAAUUUAAUAGAACUGUAUCUGUUUUCUAAAGCUAACUUCUCUCUCUAAAUAUGAAUUUCUUAGCCACAACUAUUAGAGUUAGUAUAGAACUUCAUUCAAAGCCAUAAUUUUGUAUUUUGAAAUUACAUCUACAAUGCAGUAAUGAAAUUUUUUAAAUA